AAAAGAGCGACUCGUUUGCGAAUCGGACAUGACUAUUGUUCGGUGAGGACGGGACAGUAGAGAGGCAGACAGAACAGGAGCGCACAGCAGCAGCAGCACAGAGAUUAUUCCUCCAACAGCAUCUAAUGUUUAUUCUGUUAUAGGCAUAUUAUCAGUUAUGCAUUAUUAAUAUUUAGUAAAGACAUGAGCGCCAGAAACAGAUCCCCACCGGACUGAUCAAAAACACACACAUCCUCUUUCAUCAGGACCACCGCUUUUAAGGCAGGACAUCGCUAAACAAGUGGAUUUUAUACUCUGUCCCGCAGUUGCGGAGAGAAUCGGAUGCUUUGUUUGGCUGUGUGAAGUGCAGAGCAUCAGGACUUCUUCUUCCUCCCCAGCCUCUGGAUCCGGGACACAAUGGAUCUGACAGCGGUCGCGCUGCUCGUGUCGCUCGUGUCCGUGUCUCUGUCCGCGGAGAACGCGGGUGGUAAAGCGCGGAGCUGCACGGACGUGCGCCAGUUCUACAGCGGCAAAGGCUUCACGUUAAACGGCGUCCCGCAGUCGGAGAUCUCAGGAGAGCAUCUCCGCAUCUGCCCGCAAGGUUACACCUGCUGCACCAGUGCCAUGGAGGAAACGCUGUCGAACCUGAGCCGCAGAGAAUUUGAAGGCCUGGUCAGAGAAGCAGGACGAUCUAUUCAAGCUUUGCUCAAUGCUCAGUACAGAACCUUUGACACAUAUUUCCUGGAACUCCUGAAUGGCUCAGAACGGUGGUUAGAAGAGGCUUUUGUGGCUGCACUUGGAGAACUGUAUCGACUGAAUGCAGGAGUGUUUCGUGACCUCUAUGCCGAACUGCAUCGAUAUUACAGUGGUGCUUCCCUGAAUCUCGAGGAGGCCUUGGAUGAGUUCUGGAUGAAGCUCCUGGAGCGACUUCUGAAGGCGUCUGACCCUGAAACUGCCUCCCUGCUCUCUGAUGACUUCCUUGAUUGUGCCUCCAAGCAGACCGAGACCCUGCGUCCUUUUGGAGAUGCUCCACGGGAACUAAAGGCCAAGCUGGUGCGGGCAUUCAUUGCGGCUCGGGCAUUCGUCCAGGGCCUUAACGCAGCUGGAGAGAUUGUACGGAAGGUGUCUCAGGUCCCACUGAGUCCAGAGUGCAAUCGUGCCAUUAUGAAACUGGUGUACUGCCCUCAUUGCAGAGGUCUGGGAUCAGUCAAACCUUGCAUUAACUACUGCAAAAAUGUGAUGAAGGGCUGCCUGGCUAAUCAGGCUGACCUGGACACUGAGUGGCAGAGCCUCAUAGAAACCAUGCUACAGGUGGCCUCCAGUUUUGGUGCCGAGCCCAGUAUGGACACGGUGAUCUAUUCAAUUCCUGUGAGAAUCUCUGAAGCUGUCCUCGCCAUGCAGGAGAACAUGGAGAUCUAUACCAGCAAGGUUUUUAAGGCCUGUGGGGACCGUGGUGAGGAAGGCACACCAAGUUCAAUAUCUGAGGAGCCAAAAAAGAAAGAAAGCACAGUGACUGCUCUGGAAUACAAACCCAGCCCUAAGUCUGCAGCCAGACUGGAGGUCCAGGUCACGGAUGUGUACAGCAAACUCAAGGAAAUGCAGCUUUACUGGAUCCAACUUCCUUCGGCUUUGUGCAGUGGUAAAACGGCAUCUUCAACUACUGGUGACAAAUGCUGGAAUGGCAUCACCAAAGCCAGUUACCUCCCAGAGGUCAUGGGUGAUGGGCUGGCCAAUCAGAUUAAUAACCCAGAGGUGGAGAUCGACAUCACUAAGCCUGACAGGACAAUACGUCAACAGAUCAUGCUGCUGAAGAUCAUGUCUAACCGCCUGAAAAACGCCCUCGAAGGCAAUGAUGUGGAUUUCCAAGAUACAAGUGAUGAUUUCAGUGGCUCGGGAAGCGGCAUGUGUGCGGAUCACCUGUGUGUUCGUGGUCGACCUCCGGUUUUUGGGCCGAAAACGGACAGGCCCAAACUCUAUGCCACUGGGCCUGAAAACAAAAGAGUCAAAGGAUCCGGGAACCAGAUUCAGCCUUCUUUCAUUUUACUGAUUGUGUUCUUUGUGAGUCUAUUGCUCAGACGAUAAUGGAGAUGCUAAAUUGAACUUUGGGUUCUGGGUCAGGAAAUUUGGAUUAUGACCAGGAAUGUUGAGGAAAAAUUGAGAAAGUGGGAACAGGUGAGUGUAAUCAAAAUUGCCAAAAGAAAAAAAAGGAAGCAUUUUGAGUGAAAGGACAUUUUAAUUCCUUUGGAAUAGGUUGGAAAGGAAUUGCUUUUGUGUUUUUUUUUAUGUUUUGUAAUAUACGUCAGAUUUGAGUGCUGACUUGUUGCAUCAAUCGUCACAUUGCUUUUUUUUACCUUUGAAUGUAAACAGAUGGACAGGAGGAAUGCUGGUUUAGAGAUACAAUAUGAGCUUCUUGAAAACAUAAGUGACUUACCCACCCACAGUUCUUUGCUAUUAAAGUCACAGUCAACAAGUCACCCCCAACAAGUCAUUUCACCAUGCUUGAGUUACGCAAGUUUGUUUUUGCACAACUGUACAUUUUAAAUAUGUCACAGAUGGACAUUGUUACAAAGUACUGCAUCAGUCAGAUCCCUUUUAGAUUACAAAAUGUAUGAACUUUGGCAUGGACAUGGAUUGAAAUAUGGAACUGCUGAGUAUCUAAGGAGUUAUGUAAUGGUGUUUUUUUUUUUAAACUGUGAUUCAUUUGGUUGGGUCUAAUUUUGUAUAAUGGCAAGCUGUGAUAAUGGGUGAAUUUCAUUAAAUAGAAGAAAUGUCCAUUUAUUUCACACUAACAUCAAAAAACAAAAAAAUAAACGUUUUUUCUUUGUUGCAUAAAAGAAAAUAGAGCAUUUUUAGGGCUAAUAAAAAUGUUUCCAUAUUUUUUAGGUAAAUAUCUGUGUUUACAUAAAAAAAAAUGUAAAUAACUGCAACAAGUGUGAUAUUUUGUUUAUACAACAGUUUGACGGCAUAAUUGUGUUUAUAAAAGGACACGACUUACUUUCUUCCGGCAUUCAUUGACAUCUGCAGCUGAUGUCAGAACAGCAGAAACCAUUGCUGCUUCACAAACGUCACUUUCAAGCUAGUAUUUGAAUGAUUCUCUAGCGUAAUGUCUAAAGUGAUGACAAAAGGGGUAAUUUUUGCUCACAUUUUUAGGUUAUAAGGCUGAACGGCAUGAAAUGCCAUCAGUCUACAGAGAUUUCCCAGUAUUUCUCAGUUGCAAUCAGGAUUACACAGUAAUUAAACCCGAAAAAAAAAAAAAA